GUACUCUCUCACUCUCAUCAUCCAAGACACAAACCAACAUAGAGAUCGAAAUGGGAAGCCUAGGGAGUUUGAGGCAAUGGCCUCAAUUUGUCUAUGCUUUGGUAUUUUGCUUAGCAGCAACUAGUGUUGUUGCUAAUACGCCUUAUAUUUAUGCUUCACCACCUCCACCUCCUUAUAUUUACAAGUCUCCACCACCACCACCACCAUCUCCACCACCACCUUACGUUAACAAAUCGCCACCUCCCCCAUCACCAUCGCCACCACCUCCCUACAUUUACAAAUCUCCACCUCCACCGUCUUCAUCCCCGCCACCACCCUAUAUGUACAAAUCACCACCUCCUCCAUCACCAUCACCGCCACCUCCGUAUAUUUACAAAUCUCCACCUCCACCAUCUCCAUUGCCGCCACCACCCUACUACUACAAGUCACCUCCACCGCCAUCUCCAUCUCCACCCCCACCUUAUUACUAUAAGUCACCACCUCCACCAUCUCCAUCACCCCCUCCACCAUAUUAUUACAAAUCUCCACCACCACCUUCUUCGUCUCCUCCUCCACCUUAUUACUACAAGUCACCACCCUAUCUCCACCACCACAAGUCACCACCACCACCACCAUCGCCAUCACCUCCACCACCCUACUAUUAUAAGUCACCACCCCCACCAUCUCGAUCACCACCACCACCAUACUAUUACAAAUCGCCACCUCCACCAUCUCCUUCUCCACCACCUCCUUACUACUACAAAUCACCACCACCUCCAGUGAAGUCACCACCUCCUCCAUACAUCUAUAAAUCCCCACCUCCACCAGUGAAGUCACCACCACCACCCUACUAUUACAAAUCACCACCUCCCCCAGUGAAAUCACCACCUCCACCUCCAUACUACUACAAAUCACCACCUCCACCAGUUAAGUCACCACCACCACCUUACUACUACAAAUCUCCUCCUCCACCAUCUCCAUCACCACCACCUCCAUACUACUACAACUCACCACCACCACCGCACCAUUAUUAAGUCAACCACUGCCACAUGUGUCUCAACCCAUACUAUUUAAGGCCUGCAGCUUAAUUAAUAUUGCAUCAGCUUGAAUUGCAACAAGAAUAAAUAAUUCCAUUCUUUGAAGUUGUUUUUGAAGGCAUUUGUGGCAUUGUUUUCCAAUUUUUAAUUUAAACAAGUUUAUUUGUGAAUAAGAAAUCCCCACAGUGGAGAUACUUCUUUGUGUAAUUUUUUUGUUUUUGUUUUGUGCAAAGCUUUCUUUUCACUUUCAGUUUAUUGUAAUAAGCAAUGAAACGAUAAAUUUCAAAUGCUAAGAGUAGCCUUAUUAUGCUUA